CAUAAAUUCAGAAAUUUAAGAUUUGUUGUGGUGUGUGUAAUUUGUAUUGUUAGUACUGCAAACUACCGAGGAAUAUAAUCUAAUACGAUAUCGGUAUUGGUGUUUAAUGAGAUUAUAGAAUUUUGGAUUCUAGAUUGUUAAUUAGCAAUCCAGCCCUCACUAGUUUGAAGUUGGACAGAUCUGACAUAAAUCAUCUACUUGCCCAACUAUAAAUUCAUGUACGAAGAAUGAGUAAGAAACUCGGAGGAAAACAUCAUGAUUACCAGACUGGUAACUGUUUUUGAGACAUCAUGGAGUGGAUCUUGGUGAUAAUAGCUUCUAUUCACCUGGUGGUAUGUCCAUUUACUAAAGUAGAAGAAAGUUUCAACCUACAAGCAAUGCAUGAUCUCCUCUACCAUAGGUUUAACAUAUCUCAAUACGAUCACCUAGAGUUUCCAGGGGUUGUUCCACGAACAUUCUUGGGACCUAUAUUUGUGACGGUUUUAUCAGCACCGUUCAUAGUCAUCAACAGUGUUUUUGGAGCAAGCAAAUUUCUGUCACAGUAUGUUGUUCGAGCUGUACUGGGAACAACUGUUAUAUUUGCCUUCCAAACCUAUCGUCUGGCUUUAGAAAAGGAAUUUGGGAAAGUUAUGACCACUUGGCUGAUUUUAAUCACAGCAUCACAGUUUCACUUCAUGUAUUAUUUAUCAAGACCCUUGCCUAACACCUUUGCUCUCAUACUAACAUUACUAGCCUAUGGUUACUGGAUUAGACAAAAGCAUCUUCAUCUGAUUGUUACUACUGCUGCUGCAGUUAUAAUAUUUCGAGGAGAAGUGGCCAUUUUAUUGGGAUUUAUUUUAUUGACUGAACUGACUGCCAGGAGGUUAACAAUUAAAGAUUUGUUGAAAUAUGGAAUAUCAUCUGGACUGGUAAUGUUAGCAUUGACUGUACACGUUGAUUCGUACUUCUGGCAACGAUGGGUAUGGCCUGAAGGAGAAGUUUUGUGGUAUAACAUUGUACUAAAUAAGAGCUCUGAAUGGGGUACAUCUCCCUGGUUGUGGUAUUUUUAUUCUGCAAUUCCCAGAGCCAUGAGCUUUUCCUUGUUUCUUCUUCCACUUGGUUUAAUGGUUGACAGAAGAAUAUGGGUUCUGGUUUUCCCAGCUCUAGGCUUCAUAACUUGUUAUUCUUUCCUGCCUCAUAAAGAACUAAGGUUCAUCAUGUAUGUUUUUCCUCUCCUAAAUACAGCAGCAGCCAGAGGAUGUGCAUAUUUAUGGAACACCCGCCUGAAAUCACUGUUUCGAGUGCUGCUAGUUCUCUGUGUUUGCUUCCACUUAGUUUUUAAUCUAGUAACUUCUGGACUUCUGCUAUAUAUAUCUUAUCACAAUUAUCCUGGAGGAUUUGCUCUGGCAAGGUUACAUCAGCUAGAGGGAGACAGAACAGAUGUCUCAGUUCACAUAGAUGUUUUUACUGCUCAGACUGGUGUGUCUCGAUUUGCCCAAGUCAACCCUUUUUGGAAGUAAGUUUAA